AUGGAGCACUUUAAUCAAAGUGAAGGCAUCCAUAUUUUUCAGAGUGCGAGUGGCUGUGAACUGAACAUGGAGACUAAAGAGCUGACUGGCUUUAUGAAGUACGGUUAUGAUGGAGAAGAUUUUAUUGAACUUGAUUUAAAGGGACUGAAAUGGAUUGCUCUGAGAAAAGAGGCUCUUUUUCUUAAACAGCAUUGGGAUCUGGAGACAGAUAACAUUGUUUCUAAUGCUAAGCUCAUCACAAAUAAUUGCUAUCAGUGUCUCAAUGAAUCCUUGAUCCUUGGAAACAGAACUCUCUUUAAAACAGAUUACCCCUCAGUUUCUCUCCUUCAGAAGACUCCCUCCUCUCCAGUCAGGUGUCACGCUACUGGUUUCUACCCAAAGAGUUUCCUGAUGUUCUGGAGGAAGGAUGGAGAGGAGAUUCAUGAGGGUGUGCACCCUGGAGAUAUCCUCAACAAUGAGGAUAGUACAUUCCAGUAUCGUGUUGAUCUGGAUAUUUCUUCAAUCCCACCUGAGGACUGGGCGAGGUACGACUGUGUGUUUCAGUUUACUGGAGCUGAGGACAAAAUCCUGAUCAAGCUGGAUAAAGAAGUAAUCAAGACCAACCGGGAUGAGUCAUCACAGAUAAGAACCAUCGUCAUUGCUGUCGUUUCUGUUGCGAUUGCAAUCAUCAUCAUCAUCAUCAUCAUCGCUUUAGCAUUUACUGCCUACAAGAAGAGAAAUGGUAAGAGCAUCUUAAAGCUGGACUUGUCAUGA